AUGGUGACAUACCGUCAUAUAGUGAUGACAAUACUGCAUCUUGUCAAUAAUGCGUAUAACCCCGUAUCGGGAAGGAAACUGUCUGACACACAGACAAAACUAGACUCCAUAAAGUCCUUGAUCUAUAGCAAUGCUAAGGCUACAGUUACACUGGACUCUACAGCACUAAAGGAACUGGUCAAACUCUCAACCUCAGGUUCUUCAAAACCAACUCCAAAUGUCAGUUUCUCUGUUUAUGUUGGGGCCAAAACGCUAACUGUUGGUCAAGGACACACUAUUAAAUAUGAUGGAAUUCUGACAAAUGAUGGCAAUGGAUAUGAUGACAGAACAGGGGUAUUCGUGUGUCCAGUGGCGGGAACAUAUAUGUUUGUUGUUGAUACUUUCACUGUGGAGAGUUGCCUUGCCAUAAAAGUAAACAAGCAAAUUAUAGCAAGGGCAUAUAGGGGAUAUUACCCGAACAAACCUUGGGGUCAGACGAGCAGAACUGUCAUAGUAAAACUGAAGCGGGGUGACCAUGUCAAAGUAGAUAAUAUUAUAGCUAAUGGUGAAACCAUUCAAAUUCAAAGCGAUGCAUACUCAGGUUUCACUGGAACAUUGCUUUACUAA